CAGACCGAGCGGCCGCUACUGUGGCCUGAGGAAGAAGCGGAGCCUGGAGCGGGAGUCCCGGCAGCCUGCCCGCCCAUGGAGGACGUCGAGAGCCGCUUCGCCCACCUCCUGCAACCCAUCCGCGACCUCACCAAGAACUGGGAGGUGGAUGUGGCGGCGCAGCUGGGCGAAUACCUGGAGGAGCUGGACCAGAUCUGCAUUUCUUUCGAUGAAGGCAAAACCACCAUGAACUUCAUUGAAGCUGCACUGCUGAUUCAAGGGUCGGCCUGUGUCUACAGUAAGAAGGUGGAGUACCUCUACUCGCUGGUCUACCAGGCCCUGGAUUUCAUCUCAGGCAAAAAACGGAAUAAGCAGCCCACAUCUGUGCAGCCAGAUGGGCAUGAUGGGGAUGCCAGCUGCGGAGCUCCCCCAGAACCUGAGGAAGAGUUUCUGUCUCUGGAUGACCUCCCAGACCCCCGGGCAAACAUCGACCUGAAGAAUGACCAAUCUCCCAAUGCGGUACUUGUCAUCCCCUUGGUGCCCAUGGCCCUGGUGCCCCCUGAUGAAGAAGAGAAGAAAAACAACCCACUCUACAGCCGGCAAGGGGAGAUCCUGGCCAGCCGUAAGGAUUUCCGGAUGAACACAUCCACCCCUCACCCCAGUGGUGCCUUCAUGCUGGAGCCAGGAGGUCUGUCCCCAAUGGAGCACAUACUUCCAAGGACCCAGCUAGAUGCUGAGAGGCCUGAGGAAGUGCCCAUGGAUGUCUCUGUGUGCAUGUCUCCGGCCCCAGUGCUCGAUUUCUCCCAGGACGAUGAUGAAAAGCCAGAGGCAGCCUUAUCUGAAGGUGAAGAUGAUGAUGUGGGUGGGGACCUACCUAAUGAGGUCCCAGAGGUGCCUGCCGUCUCUCCAAAGCCCCCUGAACAGGGGAUCCAGCAGCAGGCCACCCCGAAACCAAAGAGGUACACUCUGCGGGGCAGAGCCACUGCUGCUAUCCCCCAUCCAUCGUGGUACCAAAAGGAAUCCCGAAAUCACUGGCAGAACCUGGACCCCUUUGACUCCCUGGAAGGCAAGCCCUUCAAGAAAGGUAGCCCUUACUCUUUGCCACAGCACUUGGAAGAGAACUCAUCAGGCAAACGGAAAAGGAAGACCUCCACUAGACUCCAGGGCUUCCAUGAAUGGUACCUGGCAGCUUAUAGUGGCGGUGAAAACUCCAAGAAACCUCAGCCCAAAGGCCCCACGUUUGCAGACAUGGAAGCCCUCUACUGGAAGCAUCUCAAGAAGCAGAUGGAUACUCUUCGGAAGCUGCGGAGGGGAGAGGUCACUGAGCAGCAGCUGACCAAGGUCCAGGAAAGACUGCAGGCCUUAGAGGAGGAGCGUGUGGAGGAGUCCCUGGAGCACCUUGGAGGGGGAGAUAGCUUCCUGGAGCUCGAAGACGUGGAGCCCAUGGAGUCCUUGGAGGAAGCUCCAGAGCCAGAAGUCAUCCCUCCACUGAGCUACGAGGAGUUGGUCCAGAGAAAUGUGGAAUUAUUUAUUGCCAACUCUCAGAAGUAUGUUCAUGAGACUGAGCUGUCUCAGCGUAUCCGUGACUGGGAGGAUACCAUUGGCCCCCUACUCCAGGAACAGGAGGAGCAUGUUCCAUUUGACAUCCAUAAUUACGGGGACCAAGUGGUAGCCAGCUUUAAGCAGCUCAAUGAGUGGUGUCCCUUUGCUGAGCUGGUGGCUGGCAAGCCGGCCUUUGAGGUGUGCCGCUCUAUGCUGGCCUCCUUGCAGCUGGCCAAUGACUACACCGUGGAGAUCGCCCAGAAGCCUGGCCUCGAAGAGGCUGUGGACACCAUGUCCCUAAGACUCCUGAGCCGUCAGAGAGCCAAUGAACGCUUCCAGACGUACACAGCCCCCUCUAUGGUCCUGCCCUGAUAGUGUGUGAGCCCCCCUACUUGUUGGGCUGCAGCCAGCAGUGAUAUUUUUCCAUGUUUUGCCCAAAGUUUGGCCAGACUACCUUCUUUGGUACCUAGAUGAUUGGGGGGGAGGGGGGAGACAUGGGAGCCUCCCUACCCCUAGAGACUGGGUGGCUGCAUUUAGCCAGAGCCUAAGGCCGUG